AUUUGGGGCCUUCGUUUCCUUCCAGGGAUAUAUAUCACUCGGCUUUGCGUAUCACCUCAUCUCAUCCCAUUAUCUCACCACAUCCGACUUCUCUUCGCCGAACAUCCCUUCCCGUCGCGGGGAUAUCUUAUAUCCCGCUUCAUAUUGCACAAGGAGAGGUGUCCUUCUCCGAAAGACAAGAAUAUAAAUAUCCUCCGUGCUUAGUGACCAAACGACGUCAAGAUGCAUCUCAGCAUACCCAGCACCAAGCUCCUCAUCACCCUCAGCAUCGUCACAACCACCAUGUCCACUACCACUAGCACGAGUCCAAUGCUAACCCGCGACGUCUGCAUCAUCGGCGGCGGCGCAGCAGGAACCUACGCUGCCAUCCGUCUUCAACAACUCGGCAAGUCCGUUGUCGUAAUCGACCACAAACUGCGUCUGGGCGGACAGACAACCACGUACACCAAUCCAGCCAUCACCCCGCUUCCCAUCGAAUACGGGGUGACCUACUACCAGAACAUGUCUAUAGUGCGGGACUUUUUCGGUCACUUCAACAUCCCGCUGACCUACUCGGCAUUCGAUUACAAGAUCGACAUGUUUGACUUCGUCACGGGGACGGCCAUACCUGCUACUGCGGAGGCGGAAUCCAACGCUGCUAUGGAUCGCUAUAUCGCGCAGAUGAGAGAGUACCCGUAUCUGAGGGUCGGGCUUGAAUUACCUGAUCCUGUGCCGGAGGAUCUGGUGAUGCCGUUCGGAGAGUUCGUGGACAAGUAUGAUCUGGAAGCUGGGGUUGGGGACUUGGGAGGUUCGAUUGAUCCGUUGGGAAAUUGGCCUGAUUUGCCGACGCUUUACGUAAUGAAGUACGCGAAUUUGGAUGUUUUGGAAGGCGAUAGGACUGGGUUUGUGAGACCAAAGAGUCGGAACAAUAGUGAGUUGUAUGGGGAUGCGGAGAAGGAGUUAGGGGAGGAGGGAUUAUUGUUGGGGAGUAAGGUUGUCAGCAUGGAUCGGGAUGGGAGUGCGGACUGGGUCUAUGUGACGGUGAGAAAAGGAGAGGAGGAGACAACGGUCCAAGCUAAAAGCUUGGUGGUGGCUGUGCAGCCGAGCUUGGACAGUCUGAAAGGGUUUGACCUCGGGGUUAAGGAGAAGACUCUGUUUGGACAGUUCAACAACUUGUUCUUCUAUACGGCAUUGGUGCGAGUCAAGGGGCUGCCAGAUCGGACUUGUUACAUGAAUCGUGGGGCAAACGAUCCGUUCUUGAUCCCGCAAUUGCCUGGGAUGCUUGUGCUCAAGCCUACGGAGGCAUCGGAGCUAAAGGUGGCGAAUUAUCUCAGCACGAAGGCGUUGUCGGAGGAGGAGGUGAAACAGGGUAUGCUUCACGAUAUGGAAAGCAUCCACCGGAGAGCAAAAGUCGACUUCCCGGACCCAGAAUUCCUGGCCAUUGGGGAUCAUAGCCCGUACCAGCUGACGGUUCCGGCUGAGGCCAUCGAGAACGGAUUCUACCGUGAUCUCAAUUCCCUGCAAGGGGAGCGUCGGACGUUUUACACCGCGGCCACAUGGGAAUCUCAUAGCACACCGCAGAUCUGGGAGUUUACCGAGCAGAUGUUGCAAAGCCGUCUACUAAAGUCGCUGUGA